AUGCUACGUUUUACUCAGGCACUGCUGCGCGUACAGUCGCAUCAGAAGAAACGCGCGCAGCACCCCAAUGCGGGUACGCGCUACGGCCGCGUGUACAACCGCGGCUUUGUCCGAUACGGCUUCGGCGGCUUUGGCAUGUCUGUCUACACCCCCAAGAAGGAUCGCACCUUCAAGGUAAUGCCGGUACCCCCUUCACCACCAGCCACCACAGCCGCGGAGCAGCGAGACGAUUUCGCCGACAACCGCGGACUUGUUGCAACGACGCGCACACUCUCUCCAACAUUUCGCAUGUUCGCGCUCGAGGAUGGGGGCGUCUUGGUGUCGCACCCGUCGCAUGCGCAGGUUAUGCGGUGGAAUCAACGUGUACACACCGAGGAGGGAAAGGCGACAAACAGAACUACGAUGGAUGAGUAUGUUAACUCGCGCAUCCAGGCCAUCAUCGCCGACAACACCAUCGAAAAUACCUCUCUUAGUCAGUGGCGCAAGGCACACAUGUGGAACGUUAUCAAGUCUCACGGCAGGCUGCAACGUCGCUGGGGCACGCCGGACUUCAUCACGGGUGCCCGGUCAACCUUGUACAACAACUGA